CCCUAUGUCCCCACAGCCUGCCCUCAGACAAGGACCCAAUGCCCAACCCCAGGCCAGCCAAGCCCUCGGCCCCUUCCUUGGCACUCGGCCCAACACCAGGAACUUCGCCCAGCUGGAGAGCUGCACCGAAGGCCUCAGACCUGCUUGGGGCCAAGGGGCCAGGGGCAGCCUUCCAGGGUCGGGACCUCCGAGGUGGGGCCCAUGCCUCCUCCUCUUCCUUGAACCCCAUGCCACCAUCACAGCUGCAGCUGCCCACAGUGCCCCUAGUCAUGGUGGCACCCUCCGGAGCACGGCUGGGUCCCUCACCCCACCUGCAGGCACUCCUCCAGGACAGGCCACACUUCACGCACCAGCUCUCAACGGUGGAUGCCCAUGCCCGGACCCCCAUGCUGCAGGUGCGCCCACUGGACAGCCCAGCUAUGAUCAGCCUCCCACCGCCCACUGCUGCCACUGGGGUCUUCUCCCUCAAGGCCCGGCCCGGCCUGCCACCUGGGAUCAACAUGGCCAGCCUGGAGUGGGUGUCCAGGGAACCCACACUGCUCUGCACCUUCCCAAGCCCCAGUGCAUCCAGGAAAGACAGCACCCUUUCGACCAUGCCCCAAGGCUCCUACUCAUUGCUGGCAAAUGGUGUCUGCAAGUGGCCUGGAUGCGAGAAGGUCUUCGAGGAGCCAGAGGACUUCCUCAAGCACUGCCAGGCGGACCAUCUCCUGGAUGAGAAGGGCAGGGCACAGUGUCUCCUCCAGAGGGAGGUGGUGCAGUCUCUGGAGCAGCAGCUGGUGCUGGAGAAGGAGAAGCUGGGUGCUAUGCAGGCCCACUUGGCCGGGAAGAUGGCCCUGACCAAGGCUCCGUCUGCGGCAUCAUCUGACAAGGGCUCCUGCCGCAUCGUGGCCACUGGCACCCCGGGCACCACCGUCCCAGCCUGGCCCGGCCCCCAGGAGGCCCCUGAUGGCCUGUUUGCUGUGCGGAGGCACCUCUGGGGCAGCCAUGGAAACAGCACGUUCCCGGAGUUCUUCCACAACAUGGACUACUUCAAGUUCCACAACAUGCGGCCCCCUUUCACCUAUGCCACCCUCAUCCGCUGGGCCAUCUUGGAGGCUCCUGAGAAGCAGCGGACACUCAACGAGAUCUAUCACUGGUUCACACGCAUGUUUGCCUUCUUCAGAAACCACCCUGCCACCUGGAAGAACGCCAUCCGCCACAACCUGAGCCUGCACAAGUGCUUCGUGCGGGUGGAGAGUGAGAAGGGGGCUGUGUGGACCGUGGAUGAGUUCGAGUUCCGCAAGAAGAGAAGCCAGAGGCCCAGCAGGUGUUCCAACCCCACACCUGGCCCCUGACCUCAAAACCAAGGAAAGAAG